AAGCGCUUUAGUGAUACAGAGGUUCAAAACAGAAAAAUAAUCUGAAAAUGCAGUAUUUCGACUAUAUUAAACAACUUCAUGAUCUUGAACUGUAUCAGGAUCUAAAACAGUUGGCCUGUAUUGUGAUGACAUUGUGUGAUAGUUCUGCAGAAACUGAGGUUUUAAACUUCACACAAAAAUACCAGUGUUUUGUUUACAAUGCAAAUGCUUUGUUUCAUCUUGGAGAGUAUACCAGGGCAGAGGAAACCUACAAGAGAGCUUUGUUGCUAAAAAAAGUUAUCAACAAGACCAAGGGAAAAACAGCUGCUCCUCCCUCUACCACAAAUGAUUUGACAUCAGAUGUUGAGGUGAAGUACAAGAUCUACGAGUGUUUGCUUUACUCCAAGCAGUACAAAGAGGCCAUGUCUGUGCUGGAGGGUAUCAGCACCAAGCAGCGAACAGCGAAAGUGAACCUUGCUCUUGCCAAGCUCUACAUUCGCUCUGGAAUGGACCGCUCCGCCAUCACCAGCUAUAAGGAAGUCCUGAGAGAAUGUCCGCUGGCACUGGAGGCGAUCAAUGGGUUGUUGAGUCUAGGGCAGAAGGGAACAGACGUCCACUCACUUAUCAUCAGCUCUCUACCACAGGGAUUCUGCCGGGAAUGGUUGUCACAGUGGAUACGGGGCCAUGCCCAGGUAUCAAGCAACGACUAUGUGAACGCGGUGAGAACGUUCAGGCUGGAUCUGACCGACUGUCUCAAGGACAAUGUGUACAUGGUGACCAGCAUCGCCCGCGCACUCUUCCUCGAUGGACACUACAAACAGGCUCUAACUGCAUUUCAAAGGGCCCAUGCUAUAGACCCCCUCCAUCUUGCCAACAUGGACAUAUAUGCGUACCUCUUGUAUAAGGAGAGAAGAGGGCUCGUGUUACAGAGACUUGCAAACCAGCUGAUGUCUGCCACGGAGACCUCCCCUGAGCCCUGGGUUGCCAUGGGAUACCUGGCCCUUUACACCAAAAAGAAUUCAAGAGCGGUCUAUUAUGCUCAGAAGGCAAAUACAUUAGAUGGUAUGAAUGUUGAGGGCCUGUUGUUGAAGGCGACGGCAUUCCUCGAGGUAAAGCAGGUGAAUGAGGCCACACUGCACUUCCAGGCUGCAAUCCGCCGGGCACCACUCAGAUUCGAGGCAUAUGCUGGUUUGACAGAGUGCUACUCAGGCAGAGUAAGGGAGGCCAUCGGCUGGGCAGGCAGGGCCUUGAAAACCAUCGGAGCAAAUGUCAGAACACUCUGGCUAUAUGGAGCUAUGAUUGCAAAGGAACCCACUGCUGUUGCAAAGGCAAAGCCAUACCUGGAGAAGGCAAUGAAGCUAGACCCGAGCAACCUGCUGCCGGUGUAUGUGAUGGCUGACAUCCUCAAACAGGAGAAGAAGUUUGACAACGGAGUGGACCUAGUGCGGAGUUACUUAGUUAACCAGAGUACAUGCAAGCUGCACCUGCUGCUGGCUGACUUCCUGCGUCUGACCGGGGACCACCAGGAGGCCCUUGACCAGUACAGCAAGGCACUCGGCCUUGAUCCUACAAAUGAGCUCGCAAGACAAGGGAUUGAGCAAGUGGAGAAUGGGGAGUCUGGGGCAGAGAACACAUUUGAUGUUGAGAUGGAACACAGUGUGUCUGAGGCUGACUUUGAUGGAAGUGAUGUGGAAAGUACAUGGUCAGAUGAUCUGGGAUAGCUAACAAACUGGAAACAGUGUUGGCAAGAAAAUAUGUCAUUUAGUUGAAAGACAGCUACUGUGCAAUACAGGAAAAAUGGUUGCUGCUAUACAGAUAUUUUCCUGCAAGAGUGUGAGAUCACUCCUAUCAAUUGAUCUUCAGCCAAGUUCAGGACUGUUCUCAGACAGCACUAACUGUAUUUAUUUAAUCAUACCAUGAGUUGUGUUGGAAAUGCUUGUGAUAAAACGUGUAAUUAUAUAUAUGUGCUGUUUUCUUCGAUAUUUAUACCUGUAUUGAUCUUAUAUUUUAAAUGGUUCUGUCACAUACUGACAGCAUUCAUAGAUACAUAUUGUACAAUAAUAUGUCUGUAUAAAUUUCAAUAAAACUG